AUGGUGCAGAAAGAUAACCAAAAUAAUGAUGGAGAUGUGAAGACAAACCUGAUCGGUCAUACAGAUGGAGAGACGAGACAAACACCCAACACAGACAACAAACCUGGCUUGUCCAAGGAGGACCUGGAAGGCAAGGUGGACUAUGAAAUGUCCAUUGGCUCAUACACAGAUUUGACUGAAGGGGUCCUUACAGAUGACCGAGAUGAGAGAAAGCCUUCAGAGAAACCCACAGUGCCAGAUGGAGGCUAUGGUUGGUUUGUGGUCCUUGGCUGCUUCUUGUCCCAUGUUAUUGUAGGUGGGUUUGAGAGAAACGAUGGAGUCUACUAUUUACAGUUUAAAGCUCGGUUCAAUGAAAGUGCCCAACUGACUUCAUGGCCAGGCGCCCUUGUCUCCACCUUGCGCUUGUUUCUGGGUCCCGUGGCCAGUGCUGUGUGCAGCAUGUACAGUGUGAGGACGACCACCAUUAUUGGAGCCAUCAUCCUGACACUGGCGCAGAUCCUCAAUGCCUUCACACCAAACUUCUACUUUCUCUUCUUCUCCCACUCAGCACUACAAGGAGUGGGCCGAGGUCUAAUGUAUGCCCCAUCUUUGAUCAUCAUCAGCAUGUACUUUGACAAGCAUCAGGGUCUGGCCGCAGGCUUGGGUUCAUCUGGAGUCGGCGUGGGCACAUUUUGUCUGGUGCCUUUUACCCAGUUUCUGUUUGAUACCUAUGGCUUUCAGGGAACAUUUAUCAUCAUGGCUGGGAUUGCCUUGAAUGGAAUGCUGGUUGCCAUGUUGUAUCGGCCACUCAGCAUGCACCGUCGGUUCACACAGGAAACCAGAAUCACAGACACGGAUCAGCUUGAGGUGGAGCAGGAAGUGGUCCUGGCACAACUGGCCGAGGCUGGCGACUCCACCAGUAUUCAGUCCAUACGUCUGCACAGAAAGAGUGUCUCUGUCAGUGAAAAAGAGGACUCACGAGCUCUGACACAUUUGACCUCUACAGGUCCUGUCCCUGAACAGAAACAGUCAGAAGGAUGGUGUCUGUCUUCUCUGAAGAUCUGUUUCCCUGUGGAGCAUCAGGGAAAAGCUGGCAGUAACAAAAAGAAGUUAUUUCACUUUGGUCUGCUGAAAGAUCCAUCGUUCCUGAUGUUUUGUGUCAGUAUAGGUUUGUUCACGGCUGCUUUCAAGGCUGCAUUCACCUUCAUUCCAGCUCUUGUCAAGUCCAAAAACUUGUCUGAGUCAGACGCUGCCAUGGUGCUGUCGAUCUGUGGCAUCUUCGACACGCUUGGACGCAUUGUAUCAGGUUUGAUUCUUGAUCGGCCUCUACUUCGACCCCACAGGCUACUGCUGUAUAACUCUUUUGUUUUUGCAAUAGCCACUGUGUCGUUUAUCCUUCCUUUUUUGAAAAGUUUUGCAACUUUAUCCGUUAUGUGCUCAUUUUACGGGGCGUUGACCGGUGCCUACAUUUCCCAGAAGUCUGUAGUGCUAGUGGACAUUCUAGGGAUCGAGAAUAUGUCCAGCUCUUUUGGGCUGCUGAUUUGUUUCCAGGCAAUGGGCAUGUGUGCAGGACCCCCGUUGUCAGGUGCUCUGCGGGAUGCGUUUGGUGGCUUUGACGAGGCUUUCUACCUGGGAGGUUGUUUUAUGGUGCUAGCAGGUCUCCUGAUGAUUGCGAGCAACAUCUUCCUGACAAUCAAGAACCGCAGACACAGGAGCCAUCAGAAACCUGCCAAGCUGCCAGAGACGGAGGCACAAUGA